AUGAAAAAAUUUCUUCAGUCACAAGGUUUUGUCGCAUCGAAAAUCAAACCGGUUGGUCGGGGUCUUUUCUUCAUAACCUUUCGCGAAGCUUACUAUAAGAUCGUAGUGACCAACUUGUGUAAGAUUGGCGACCUUCUAGACGAAGUCGUUUAUUCUAAGGAAUUUAAUUGUAAAUAUAGAUCUGCAGAGGAUAGGGAUAGGGCCGUUGAAAGACUGGAUGGAUAUGUCUAUAAAGGAAGAACUCUCGCGGCUGAGCUCUCCUUGCCUGUGAAUGAUCCAGUAUCGAUGAAGAAGUACCAUUCAAGACUGGACGACGAUCAAGCACAGAGAGACACCUCUUCGUCACCAAAGAAACGAAAAAUUGGCAACACUGUUGAAGUACCAGAGGCGAUAGAUCCCAAUAUGAGCGUCGCCUCUUUCUACCGAAUGCCCUACGAUCCAAAUCAGCUGAGGGAAAAGCAAAAAAGUGCUGUCAAGUGCUUGAAAAUGGUUCGAAAUGCAGUAUUUAAGGUCAAUAAAUUCAAAUACUGCUCCCUCUGCCUCGGACCCGGGUUCAUGUUGAGUUCCACCAAAUCUUUGGGUUUCGAAGCCUGUCCUAUCACACCAUCACCCGUUUUAAAUGGCUACCGAAAUAAAGCCAAAUUUACGAUCGGUGAAGACAUCAAUGGGAAAGGCCCUGUGGUGGGAGUGCGUUUGGGGAGGUACAGGGCGGGCUCUACAGCAGUCGCCUAUCCUGCACUCGCGCCAAUCUUCUCGACCACCACCCGUGCCGCUGUGACUAGUUUUCAGGCCUGCCUGGAUGCCAUCUACCAAAAACCCCAUUUGAAGGAAAACACGGCCCUGUUUGACCGUUUGUCUGCUCGUUUGAGCGUCUAUGACACGGUCACCAAAGGUGGCAAUUGGUGCGAUGUCACCGUACGGGAAUCGCGUCUUGGCGAUUGCCUCAUGGAAGUACGAAUUCAGCGGAAUAAACUCACUGAUGAGGACAUUGUUGAUCUGGAGUCAAUUCUGAAGCAAUGGUUUCAGUCAGGGGGGCCUGGCGGAUCGGUUGGCGUCACUUCUUUGUAUUUAGUUAUACUUACUGGUGAUUCCCAACUCUCAGAUUCACACACUGAGCGCUGUGUAUUUGGCAGAGAAACGAUUACGGAGCUUUGUUGCGGCUAUAAGUUUUUGAUUUCAAAGGAUGCUUUUUUCCAAGUGAACACGCUGGCCACAGAAAAGUUAUAUGAAGAGAUACGAAGGCGCUGCAAAGCUAUAUUAGAGGAGGAGGGCAAACUACCGUACGGCGCCAUCCUGCUGGACGUCUGCUGUGGUACCGGAACUAUCGGUUUGUGCCUUGCAGAUUGCUUCGAAAGAGUCAUCGGAGUUGAGUUAAUGCCCUCAGCCGUUGAAAACGCAAAAAUGAACGCGAAGCUGAACGGCAUUACAAACGCAUUUUUCUAUGCUGGGAAGGCUGAACUAAUGUUAACAGAUCUUAUCCGAAAUCUACCAGAAGACAAAGAAAUAAUAGCUGUUCUGGAUCCACCGAGGGCUGGUGUCAACCAUGGGGUUAUCGAGGCUAUUCGUAGAUGUGAGCGUAUCCAGCAUUUGAUAUUUGUGGCCUGUGACCUAUCAAGGGCCGUAGACAAUUUCAAGGCGUACAUUGUUGACAUUACAAAAUCUGAGCUGACUUGGUUCAUAAACUUUUCGCCUUCCAGGUUUGCUCGCCCUCCUUCGAAAAAAUAUGCUGGAGCCCCUUUUUUUCCGACAGUGGCAAGUUGCGUAGACCUCUUUCCCCACACACCAGGCAUUGAGAUUGUCCUGUCACUAAGGCGAUUUCCUCACUCAAACUGUGGUCAUAAAUGUAACACCCCCGCUGAUAGUACUGCACUGCAGUAA